CCCGGUGGGAGGGGGCGAGCGAGCGAGCGCGCAGGCAGGCGGCUGCCAGCAGCUCAUCCCCGCUCGCUCCUGGCAGCGCCUGCUCGCAGAAGCUCCCGGAUCCAGACACGCGCAAGGCGCUGUCCUUUCAGCACCACGAGCCCGGCCGAGGCGGGAGGACUCUUGGCCGCGCUCCUGCUCUCCAAAUUGGCUUGAAUCUGCUCGGACCCCCAAGAGGGCAGCACAGUCCGGGAAGAAAGGCACAAGGAUGGUGAAGCUGAGCGGCACCCCGGGCGAGAAGGGCGCCAAGCCGCCCUCGGUGGAGGAUGGCUUCCAGACCGUCCCUCUCAUCACCCCCCUGGAGGUGAAUCACCUGCAGCUGCCCGCUCCCGAAAAGGUGAUCGUGAAGACAAGAACGGAGUAUCAGCCCGAACAGAAGAACAAAGGGAAGUUCCGGGUGCCGAAGAUCGCCGAGUUUACGGUCACCAUCCUGGUCAGCCUGGCCCUCGCCUUCCUCGCCUGCAUCGUGUUCCUGGUGGUUUACAAAGCCUUCACCUACGACCACAGCUGCCCCGAGGGCUUUGUCUACAAGGUAAGGGCCUCCGCAGGUGAGCAGCCGGGGACGGCUUAUCAGCGUCUUCUUCUCACUGGCGCCCAGGCUCCGGGCUUUUGUGAGGCCCAAAGGAGAGAACUUAGUAAAGCCAGCCAGCGAAGGGCCUUCUACAUCAGCCUUUCCCACCUCACAGACCACUGGUUAGCGACCGCUGUUCCAGAUAACCGCUCUCCACAAACGUUCGUCAGAAUAGACGUCUGA